AUGACUGUCGGCAUUGCCACCAAGCCGCCUUUCGGCGUGUAUACGCCACUCGUUACCUUUUUUGCAGAAGAUGAGUCCAUCGACUUUGGUGCUAUGGAGUCCCAUGUGCGGCGCAUGGCUGAAGCUGGAGUAGCAGGUCUUGUGCUACAGGGAAGCAAUGGCGAGGCGCCACACCUGGACCACGAAGAGCGACAGACAGUUAUUAGCAAGGCCCGCGCAAUCCUCGACGCCAACGGCUAUAACCAAGUCAAACUCAUUGUUGGUUGUGGCGCUCCCAGCGUCCGGGAGACUGUGAAAUAUAUUGCAGAGGCAAAUGCCGCUGGAGCUGACUUUGCGUUGGUCCUGCCCCCGGCCUACUGGGCACCUGCUAUGACCCCUGCGGUCGUUGAGAACUUCUUUGGAGCAGUUGCUGAAGUGACAGAACUUCCAUUUUUGAUAUACAACUUCCCCACGGUAACCUCUGGCAUUGACAUUUCUUCGGACUGUAUUAUCCCGUUGGGCCAGAAAUAUCCCGGCAAGAUUGUCGGAUGCAAGUUGACUUGUGGCAACUUGGGCAAACUGCAGCGCGUGUGGUCGAAUCUACCAGAAGAUGAUUUCGCCGCUUUUGCCGGCAAGUCGGAUUUCAUGCUUCCAGGAUUGGUAGCUGGAUCCAACGGUGUCAUUGCAGCUCUUGCGAACGUUGUGCCCAGGACGCAUGUCCAACUACUGAGCCUGUGGAGGGAUGGCAAGGUCCAGGAGGCCCGACAGCUGCAGUCCAAGUUGAGCAAUGCCGACGGCGCGCUGCAAAAGGUUGGAGUGGCCGGUGUCAAGGCGGUCGUCUCUCACUUUUUUGGCUAUGGUACUGGCAAGGGUCGACGGCCCUUGGGUACAGCCAGUGUCGGAACUUUAAGUGAAGAAAUCAUGGGGCCCAUUACCGCCCUUGUAGAUUUGGAAAAGUCCUCUUUGGCUUGA